CUCCUAACUUUCCAUCAAGUCCACUUUCAACUCUUUUGUUGUUUUUCUCACCACCACCCACCAACCAAUACAUGUGUUUGUUCUGGUAAAUGAACCUCGUUUAAACAAAACCUUGCUUCACCAUCUUCAUUCUUCACUUUCUCAUUCAUUCAUUCUUUGUUCUUCCUGCUUAACUUCAAUGUCUCCUCGUACCUCAUGCUUCCUUUUCAUCCUCAACACUGCUUUUCUUCUAGUUCUAACUUCAGUUUCAGCAACUGAAUUUGUCUAUAACAGAAACUUCAACUCCACCAACACAAAGCUCUAUGGAAAUGCCACCAUCAAAGAAUCCAUUCUCACUCUCACUAACCAAACCUUUUUCUCCAUAGGCCGUGCCUUUUACCCUCAAAGUGUUCCAAUGAAGAAGCCUCACAAUCACAACUCUUCCACCCUUCUUCCUUUUGCAACCUCUUUCAUCUUCUCCAUAGCUCCUUGCAAGAACUUCCCUGUAGCUCACGGUUUCGCUUUCGUUAUCGCGCCCGUGAUGGCUGUGAACGGAGCGCUUUCGGGGAAUUAUCUCGGGCUUUUUAACCGAUCCUCUUCUGGUAACUCCUCCAACCAUGUUUUUGCAGUUGAGUUUGAUGAUUUUCGAAACGAGGAGUUUAAUGAGGAGAAUGAUAACCAUGUGGGUGUCAACUUGAAUUCAAUGAUUUCAUUGUAUUCUGAGCCUGCUGGGUUCUGGGGUGGGGAAAACGGUGACGAUCUGGAGAAGUUGAAGCUGGCUAAUGGUCAGAACUAUCAGGUUUGGAUAGAGUAUGAGAAUUCACAGAUUAAUGUUACUUUGGCACCUGCAGGGAAAAAGAAGCCUAAAAGACCAUUGAUUAGUAAGUAUUUGAACCUUUCUGGUGUUUUGUUGGAUGAAAUGUAUGUGGGAUUUUCUGGAGCAACAGGAAGAAUGGUGGAUGUUUGUAGAAUCCUAGCUUGGAGUUUUAGCCAUUCAAAUUUCUCAAUUGGUGAUGCUUUGAACACCAAGCAUUUACCUUUGUUUAUGGUUCAAAGGAGAAUUGUAUAUAGAUCAAAUGGUUUCAUUCUUGGUGUCAUUUUUGGUGCACUGUUUGUCAGUGUUUGCUGCUGCACUUUGGUGUUCUUAGUUCUGUUCAGGACCAGAAGGGGAGAAAAAGAGGAAGAGGAAAAAAUUGAAGAUUGGGAAUUGGAGUAUUGGCCACAGAGGAUCAGCUAUCAGGAGAUUUACGACGCGACAAACGGGUUCUCUGAAGAGAAAGUGAUCGGCAUAGGUGCGACCGGGAAAGUAUACAAAGGAGUUUUGAAAGGGGUGGAAGUCGCGGUGAAGAGAUUCAACCACGACACGCAGCAACACGGAAUGAGAGAGUUUCUGGCAGAGAUUUCAAGCCUAGGAAGAAUGAAGCACAGGAACUUGGUUGGUUUCAGAGGAUGGAGUAAAAGAAAAGGAGGGAAAUUGAUACUGGUGUAUGAUUACAUGGAGAAUGAGAGCUUGGAUAAACGGAUCUUCGAGUGCGAAGAGACCAUGCUUCUGAGCUGGGAAGAAAGAAAAGGAGUUUUAGAAAAUGUAGCUUGUGGAAUUUUAUACCUACAUGAGGGCUGGGAGGUUGAGGUUUUACAAAGAGACAUCAAAGCAAGUAAUGUUCUGCUUGAAAAGGACAUGCAUGCAAGAUUAGGAGACUUUGGGCUUGCAAGGUUGCAUCAAAAGGAUCAAGUGGCUGAAACAACAAGAGUAAUAGGGACUUUAGGGUACAUGGCACCAGAGCUAGUCAAAUUUGGGAAACCAUCAACUGCAACUGAUGUGUACAGUUUUGGAAUAUUAGUUUUAGAAGUGGUAUGUGGGAGAAGACCUAUUGUGGCGGAUAAGCUGCCGUUGGUUGAAUGGGUGUUUUCCCUUAUGGAGAAAGGGGAAUUGAGUUGUGCCAUUGAUGAGCGUUUGAAGGCUCAAAGUGGCUAUAGAAAUGAGGAAGCUGAGAGAUUGCUUCACUUGGGUUUGUUAUGUGCAAGUGUAGACCCUUGUGUUAGGCCAAGGAUGAGGCAAGUGGUGAAAAUGUUGGAGGGGAUAAAAUGCAGUGAUGAGUGUAAUGAAGAGUGUGUCCAUGUCAAUGUGAGUCUGAUUGGGAAAAUAAACUCUGCAGCAUCAUGGUCUAGGAGUUCUACAAGCUCUCCCCAAAUGAAAUUUCCAACCUUUGCUGAAAUUUUCCCCUCCAAAUAUUAUUCUACAGCAUCUUUUUUAAGCAUCUCUUGUAACAGCCCUCAGCCAGAUUCAGAUUUUGUAUCAGAAGGAAGGUGAAAACUAAAAUUCAUUCUAUCACUAUGGUAGUGUGUUUGGACACCUAAAAGCACUUCCAUUUCAAUCUAUUGAGACAUAGAUUUCACGAAAAAAGCAUUGCUGUUGUCAGGUGGGAAACAUUUCCAUUUGUAUAGUACAAGUACUUUUGCACCAUAUGUCUUGAGUUUCACUAAAUUUGGGAUCUCAAGUUUCAACUUUCAACUGCUAAGGAAGGGGUGUUUUUUUUGUC